AACCGUAGAAGAAGAAUAAUACCGGAAGCGGUGUUCGUAAGCAACAUGGCUAACAUCGUGGAGGCGAAAACUCGAGCGGAAUUUGAGGAUUUCCUCAACAAAAGCGGCUCGCGGCUCACCGUGGUCCACUUUCAGGCGUCGUGGGCUCCGCAAUGCGCCCAAAUGAACGAAGUCGUGGCGGAGCUAGCUAAACAGCACGCUAACGCGACGUUCGUCAAGCUCGAGGCUGAAGCCGUACCGGAAGUAUCAGAGAAGUACGCCAUCGCUUCGGUGCCCACUUUCGUCCUCUUCAAAAGCGGCGCCCAAGUGGACCGUCUGGACGGCGCGCACGCUCCGGAGCUGACCAAGAAGGUCCAACGCCUGGUCGGUUCCGGCUCCGAACCCGAAGCGGCCCCGUUGGACUUGAACGAUCGUCUGAAGAAGUUAAUCAACGCGGCGCCUUGCAUGCUCUUCAUGAAGGGCAGCGCGCAGGAGCCUCGCUGCGGUUUCAGCCGGCAGAUAGUGGCCCUCCUCCGGGAGAGGAACGUUUCCUUCAGCACCUUCGAUAUCCUGUCAGACGAAGAAGUCCGUCAAGGCUUGAAAACCUACUCCAACUGGCCCACCUACCCGCAGUUGUACUCCAAGGGCGAGCUCGUAGGAGGUCUGGACAUCGUCAAGGAGAUGUUCGAGUCGGGCGAGCUGGACGACGUCUUGCCCAAAGCGCCCACCCUGGAGCAGCGACUCAAGGAGCUCAUCAACCGCAGCCCGGUAAUGCUCUUCAUGAAGGGCAGCAAGGAGGAGGUUCGCUGCGGCAUGAGCCGGCAGAUCGUGGAGAUCAUGAACGCCACCGGGGUGGACUACGACACCUUUGACAUCCUGGGGGACGAGGAGGUUCGGCAGGGGCUCAAGACCUACUCCAACUGGCCCACCUAUCCUCAGCUGUACGUCAAGGGGGAUCUCAUAGGCGGCUUGGACAUUGUCAAGGAGCUGGAGGAGUCCGGAGAACUUCAAGAGAAACUCGAGCAGGGUUCCUAGGACCCCACAUCGACGGGGAGAGACGUCCAAUUUGUUUUCUCGCCCCCUGUCAACAUGGCCUCGGCAGCCAUGUUGGUAGGGGCGACGUUGCCAUUGAAGUCAAUGUUUUGACAUUCAAAUUAAGUCAUAACUAGCUUGUUUCCUGAACGAUCAAAGCAUCUGCUAUUGACGCCGCUAGACGUCCAAUCCAUUUGAACGAAACCGCCAUACCAGUUCAAAUGGUUUGGACGAUUAUGAGUAAUGAACUCCACAGCAGAAGGAUGAUUGAACUCAUAAUGUGGAUGCUUUCAGUUUCUUAUUUAGUCAUUUUCAUGUCUCGGGUGGAGCAGUUUUACUACUACUGUGUGGCGAGAAUACAUAAUAAAAGGUGUUACGUUAUACUUCACACAUGACUGUUU